ACGGCAUGGAUUUCAGCGAGCUGGACAGAGACAACACGGGCCGCUGUCGCCUGAGCUCGCCUGUGCCCGCGGUGUGCCGCCAGGAGCCCUGCGUCCUGGGCGUCGAUGAAGCGGGCCGGGGCCCGGUGCUGGGCCCCAUGGUCUACGCCAUCUGUUAUUGCCCCCUGUCCCGCCUGGCAGAUCUGGAAGCCCUGAAAGUGGCAGACUCAAAGACCCUAUCGGAGAGCGAGCGGGACAGGCUCUUUGUGAAAAUGGAGAAGGACAGGGACUUUGUGGGCUGGGCAUUGGACGUGCUGUCUCCAAACCUCAUCUCUACGAGCAUGCUUGGGCGGGUCAAGUACAACCUGAACUCCCUAUCCCAUGAUACAGCCACUGGGCUGGUGCAGUAUGCCUUGGACCAGGGUGUGAAAGUUGCACAGGUAUUUGUGGACACUGUGGGGCUGCCAGAGACCUACCAAGAGCGGUUGCAGCAGCGCUUUCCUGGCAUUGAGGUGACGGUCAAGGCCAAGGCGGAUGCCCUCUACCCUGUGGUCAGCGCUGCCAGUAUCUGUGCCAAGGUGGCCCGUGACCAGGCUGUAAAGAGCUGGCACUUUGUGGAAAAACUGCAGGACCUGGAUGCCGAUUAUGGCUCCGGUUACCCCAAUGAUCCCAAGACAAAAGCGUGGUUGAGGAAGCACGUGGAGCCUGUGUUUGGCUUCCCCCAGUUUGUCCGUUUCAGCUGGCGCACGGCCCAGAGCAUCCUGGAGAAGGAGGCGGAAGGUGUUAUAUGGGAGGACUCGCUGACAGGAUCAGGAGGGACCUGGGAGGAUCAUGUCCUAUUUCAGCAAAGGCCCCCGAACCCACCCCCGCCUCCCCCACCGGUACUUCCAAGAGCGAGGCCUGGAGUCAGCCACCAUUCUCUAGGAGCCAACCUGUUCUCCCUUUACGUGCCUCCCUCACCCUGCCCUGCUUCUCCCCACCCCCCAAUUUGUGAUUAAAAUUGUUUAAGGAAAGCUAA